CAAAGGAAGCAGGACGAGGGUGAAAUCGGGUGCGGAGAAAAGGACUCGGAUGGGUGUUGAGGCAGGAGAAGUCAAGAUCCCGGGCUGCUGAGAGGGCAGGAAGUCGCUAAAGGCGAGGUGCCCGUUCUCCUGGGUUCUCUCGGGCCAAGGACAGGAGGCAGGGCGGCAGGAGGCUGUAGGCGAGCUCGCGGGGGUUGGAGCAAACGGGCUGAGAAGCCCGGCGAGAAGGGAUCCGAAGGGGGAGACUGGCCGGCGCAGCGGGUGGAGCGGCGGGCCCCGAGGAUGGAUGACCCCGAGGAGACCUUUGGGGGCGACGGGGAUGCCAGCCCCGCGCCUUACGAGGAGCUGGUGUCCGCCAUGGCCGGGGGCCUGUACGGGGAGCUGGAGCGGCUGGUCGGGGCCCACGGGCCCGGAGCGGUGUCGGGGCUCCUGCCGCAGCUCGUCUCUGUCCUGGAGUCGCUGCAGAGGGCUUGCGGGCAGGUGCGGGAGCGGGACCAGUCCCUGGAACGGCUGCGCGACGACCGGCUGCGCCUGUUGGAACAGUACGAGCGGGAGCGAGCCGGCCGCAAGCGGGCGGAGGAGCGGUUCAUGGAGCUGGAGGAUGUGAUGGAGCAGGAGCACAAGGUGCAUGCCGCCACCACGACUCGGCUGGAGGGGCAGAGCCGUGCCCUGGAGGGCAAAGCACGGAGGUUGAAGCCCCCACCCAUCUGGGAGCCCCCACAGUUUCUGCCAAGUACUUCAGACCCUGGACCACCCAAAUCACCACGGCUCCUAGAGGAGCCUGCAGUGAUUCAAGAGCCACCCAGCUCAGAAAAGACACCCCAGAAAGAAGCAGGAAGAAAUGGUUGCACUUUGGCCCAAGAGAUGGUGCAGCCAGAGAAAGACGCUUCUCCUGCCCGAGAGGAACGGUUUGACCUGGAUGAAAUUCUCAGCUCCACUCCAGAACUGGCGCCUGCCCCACAGCCACCAAGCAGCCCCCUGAGUACAACCCUCGAGCGCAACACGGUCUCACUUUUCGCCGAGGUCUCGGGCCUCAGCCCAGAAAUUCUCAGCGAUAUGGAUGACGGUGCCGAUCUGCAGGGAGAUGUCUUAGAAACCCUAAUGGCGGAAAACAUGCAACUACAAGAGGCACGGACGGCUCUGGACACUGCCCGCCGCCAUCUGAUUGCCCGUGUGGAGGAGCUUGGUGAGGAGCGUGAGUCACUGAGGAUGGAGCGUGAUGUGGUGGCCGGGAUCUUGAGCCGCUGCCAAGCACAGCUGAAGGAGGCCGAGUUGGAGCUGAAUCGGAUCCGACAAGAGUUGGAGGAAACAAGGCGGCCAAGUGAUGACGGGGAGGCUGAAGUGGGCCCAUCCAGGCCUCAGCGGUUCACCCGGGCCGAGAUGGCGCGUGUCGUGAUGGAACGCAACCUCUACAAGGAAAGACUGAUGGAGCUGCAAGAAGCUGUUCGACGCACUGAGCUCCUCAGGGCUUCCCGGGAAGAACAGGCAGUUCAGAUGAAGAAAUCGUCUUUCUGGAAAAUCUUUGAUCGCUUGUUUAGCCCCUCGGACUCUCUGGAAAAGACGCCUGCAUCCCCGCAGCUGGCAGGGCGGGCCCGAUCUAGCCCCAGCAUCUGUAGCGAUUUGGGACGGAAUGGGGGGCAGGCGUCUCCAGCUUUUAGAUACAUCCCACGAGCAACCUCACCCACUGAGGGCAACUCUUCCCCGCAACAGAAGCGUCAUGAGCUGUACCGUGAUAUCCGCUCACACAUCUGGCAGGAGCAUGGUCGGGCACAGAUCCAUGGGUGGAGCCAGCCACCUGCACUUCAGGGCCAUGAUCCACCUCUGGUUGGUGCUGACGUGCCUGUGCUUGUACAGUUACGGAUGUUGGACCAGAAGGACCCGAGCACCAAGCUGUGGUGUGCUGCAGCAUCUGUUGGGCUGGAACCUCAAGAGACCCCAGAGGCUGGUAUGCCUGAUCGAUGCCAUGUAGGCAGCUCUCGGCUCUGGGUGGCCUCAGGGACCCACUCGGCAAGCGAAGUGAUGCUUUUCGACGCUCAGAACCCAAACCAGCUCCUGGAACAUUUUGUGUUACCUGGAAUUCACAUCCACUCUCUUGCAUGUGUGCCUGGUAAGGGUGAGGAAGGGGAACUCUGGGAGGAGGAAGGGAAGGACUUGUGCAAAUCAGGAGCUGAUGCAGGUGGUGGGAUUGUGCAGUGCCACUCCCAGGGUCGGGUCGCAGCUACACUAGGGGAUGGAUCUGUAGCCAUUUUCCAUCGGAACCCAGUUCGAAAGUGGGACCUGCGUUCUCCACGCCUGGUUGAUUUGGGAAGGCCGCGACGCUCCAUUCGUUGCGCCAUCCCUGUGCUGGACCGGCUGUGGUGCGGAUAUGGGAAUCGAAUCUACGUGCUGGAUCCACGCACUGCUCGCAUCCAGCGGUACUUCGAGGUGACCUCGCAUCCGGAAAGCCAAGUGCGGCAUAUGGUGGCUGCUGGCAACGGCAUCUGGGUCUCUGUUCGGCUGGACUCCACUCUGCGCUUGCUCCAUGCGGAGACCGGGCAGCCCUUGCAGGAAGUGGAGUUGGGGCCCUACGUCAGCCGCAUGCUUGGGCCCAACAGCCUUAGUCUAGCCCUGAACAUCACAGCACUUGGUACUUUUGGGAAACGGCUGUGGGUCGGCACAUCUGGAGGCACCAUCAUCUCUCUGCCCUUCAUCUCUGAAGCUGCGGGAAGCCCGGACUCUCCCCUGCCAGCUCUUAUCCCUUACUGUGCCAUGGAACAAGCCCAGAUCAGCUAUCAUGGACACCGUGAUGCCGUUCGCUUCUUUGUCUCUGUCCCAGGAUGUCUAGAUCUGUCCUCUUUGGAGAAUCCCAAGGAGUCCCACAAAGAGAAGCCAAGGAAGCCUUGCACUUUGGUGCUAAGUGGAGGGGAAGGCUACAUCAAUCUCCGGAUAGGAGAUGACACUGAUGAACGCUAUGGUGACCUGCUGCUCCCCAACCCCCGCUUACGUCGUGCUGAACGAAGUCACCUUAUUGUCUGGCAGGUGCAGGCCUGAGGCUGCAGUGAUGGGCAUGACACUGCUCAGGUGCCACGCCUUGCACUCCCGGUUAGGAGGAAAUGGCACAGCUGCUGGAUGGUGGUGGUGCCCUCGCUAUCCCACCCUCUUUGUUUGGGAAUUAAGCCUCUAGGGUCUACAGGGCUGGUGAUGGGAAAACACCAUCCGGACACCAGGAUCUGUUUCCUGAAAAUGCCCGGUGAGGGCAGCUCCAGCCGAUUGUUCUUCCUACCACCUUCUUGACCAUCUGCAGUGCCUUCCAACUGGAGCAAAGCAUCAUUGUGCAACAAAGUUCCCUGCACGUAUACAAGAUGGCACCCCGAUCAAAUCGUGAUACUUUUGCUCCCUGCUCCCAUGUCGCGUAACUCGUCUUUUACCACUCAGGUGGUUAGGAGCUGGGAGUUAGGAAGCCCACCUCUUCCAGCAGAGCAGAAGGGGUCUAGUUCAAGCUGGGAAAGAAGCAAGCGUGCCUAAAUGAGUUACAGCACAGGAGGCUGAGAACCGGGAUUCCGGGGGAGAAGCAACAACCAGGGCAUUA